AUGGGGCGAGUACGAGGAGGUGGUGUGGGAGAGAAGAAGAAGAAGAGAGCAGUGAAGAAGAGGGUGGAGGAGAUGAUUGGAGAAGAUUAUUCUGAGUUCACAGCAGAAGAAUACGAUGAGACCGAGGAGGGAGACACAUUCAGCUAUAAAGGCGUCCUGCCCAUUGUGGUGUCCAGAGAUGAAAACAACGUGGAGCUCUUUGAUGAGGAGUGGAGACUUCAGAUGAAGAGGAGUGGCCCCUCCUCCUUCCUGCUGUUCCCUCCGUCACCUUGA